GAGGCGGUUGCGAUUACUGUACCCCUCUCUACUGUACAUGUAUAUAUAAACAACCCCGUUCACUACAUUUCCCACAGUCCACCAGGAGGACUACAUUUCCCACAAGGCGUUAAAAAAAGAAACGAAAGCGAGGGAAAGCGCCGGCGAGUAGCUCCGCUGUGCUCCUUCACGCUGAGAGAAGCCGAGUGGUUGUUUUUGACGGGUGAGGUAAUGGCAGGGGGUUCGUUAUGGAGAGGGGGCGGAGCCCGCCGUUCUGGUUGGCUGAGGGCGGGGCGCGAGCUUGGCUAGGCGGCUCCUCCGAGGGAUUCGAUUGGUCACCUGAGAGAACGAGGAAGGGAGGCGGCGUGGAGGUGAGGAGGAUGGGGACGUGGCUCGGCUUCUCCGGCGGUGGCUCGGCUGCGGUGGGACCUUCCCGUGCAGGUGAGGCGAUGCGAGGUGGGGUAGAGUGGGGGGGGGAGAGAGGAAGUGCUAUGUCGUUCGCCACUCCCUCCCCCGCUUCUUUCCCUCACUUUCCUGUCGGCCCUGACGAGACUGAGGGAUCCAGGUUUGAAAUGAAAGAAGGAAGAGGCUCCGAAACCGGAUCCUGAAUCGCCUUCGGCGGCCCACCCUCGCGCGUGAUCUCAUGACACGGUUCAUGCACACGAUUUGAGUGGCAGUUUCCAUCAACUUCAGAGCCGGGGGUCUUUUAGACCCAUGGGGCUGGACACCCCUGCAAAAAAAAAUCAAGUAAAUGUGGCUGGGGAAACUCAGCCAGAUGGGCGGGGUAUAAAUAAUAAAUUAUUAUUAUUAUUAUUAUAAAAUAAAAUAAAUAUAACUGACUGACCAGUUGCGUCACAGAUAACUUGGUUCUGCCUCCCCUAACAUCAUGCCUGCCCCCCCAAAAAAAUCAUGGUUACACCCAAGCCUGGACCCCUCCAAUGUUUUAUUGGGCGGGGGCCCUGAAGUGACCUCAGCCCCAGGAGUUGGUUCCUAAGGUGGCGUCAUAAAGGAGGCAGUGCUGGACCUGCGUUUGUUAUUUUUAGUAUGGGACCAGAGGGUGGUGGUUAGCGAGUUGGAUCCUUCCCCCAAAAAAGAGGGGUGGUGUGGUGGUGGUGGCUUCUUCCUCUCCCUCCCUCCUCCCCACUAAAUCUCCACCAUUUGUUACAUCUUUAGCACCAAGGGAAUAAUGGUGUGUCUUGCUGCUCUCCCUGCUGCUGGACGUGCCCUGCCCUUUAAAGCAAGCGGGGUUGGGAGCUUGGGAAGUGGACGCCGCUUCAGAAUUUCUUCCUUCCAAUGGACGGAAAGGAUAUACACCUUUAUGCACCUUGGUCAGGGCUGAUGUAAAUGGUCUGCUAUAACUAGUGUUUUGAUGACCCGUUUCAUAAAUGCCUUUCCUGGGACUAGAUGUUGUCUCAUAUAUAUGUAAGUAGUUGGUGCCAGCAGCAAUCAAGGUCAUCAGACUACUCCCUGGGGUCCAUAGAUGUUUGAAGGGGAUGCUGAAUUGAGCCAUAGCUCCAGCACAAUCUUCCUCUUUUCCCAGUAUUUAGUGAAUUAAGUAUUAUGGAAGUAAGGAAUGUGAUCUUACUGAGGAAUAAGUCUUGCUUGGGAGUACCUGAAAACCUGGAGAUAUCCUUGACAGGAUUGAUGGAUCUGAAGUUUUAAUGGCCAUCCACUGCUGUUUAACACACUUGGCAGAGCACUUGAGCAAAAUUACGCAUGUCCUUAUUUUAUGGAGAGGGGGCGGAGCCCUCCGUUCUGGUUGGCUAAGGGCGGGGCUCUGGGAAAUUAAGACAGUGGGUACAUUGGGAUCUCACCAACACUAUGAUCCACCAUCUUAUCAUCAAAGUAAAACAACAACAGGUUUUUUUGGGAAGAGCAAACAGCAGGAGAUCAAGGAGCUGCCCCAGAGUUCCAAAACUCAGGUCUCCAGACCACUCCAUAACAAUAUGGAUUUGCAGCAUCACAUAUUCCUGGUUAUUGUACAGAACAAAGCCAUGUCACAGCCCUUGACUUUAAUGGGUUUACGAUCUAUGUAGACUGGAGAGAUUUGGAAAGGAAGAGGUCAGGGAAAUGUUCAGUAUUGUUGACUGCGAGAAGGAAGUUGCUUGACAAGUAGAGAGCAUGAGGUGUUGCAGAGAAAAGGAGGAGCACAAUAACAAAAGCAAUGGAGGUGGGAGAAGUCAAAGGGAGGGAAAGUAACUGAUGGUUUGUGUGGAAGAGGAGUGAAAAGACAUGGUAACUUGUAAGAAUUAGAAACUUUAAUGUGUAUAUGGCUCUAAGGAAGGACAUAGUCGUGAUCGAGAAAGAUGAGAGAAGCAGGAAGGGUCCUGGGAUUAUAAGGUGCCUUCUCUUCAUAUUCUUUUGUAGUUAGGUUAGUUACUAGGAAAUUAAAAUAUUGUAAUCAAUUGUACUUUAUUUUAUUCAUUUAACAAUAUUUGAAUACUGCUUGAUUAUAAUAAAAAAACUCUCAGUAAGUAGCCAUUUUACUUUUUGUUUUGAAAUGCAGAGUUGGGAAUCAUCAUUUAUUGUCCAUAUAAGAAGAUCAAGCAACCAUUCCAUUAGUGAAAAUUAAUUGAAGAGUAUUUGAUAUAAUUCAAGGAAAAUAUAUUAAAAAAAAUUUCAGUAGAACUCUUUCCAUCUUGAUAGAUGUUAGCUAGUGCUAUGUUUUGGACAAAAAGCAGACCAAGAAAGAAGAUGUUUUUCAUAAAAAACAAUGUAACCUUGAAGAAAGAAGAGUGUGCAGUGCUUAAGGUAUUUUCAUCUCCUGGUUUCUGGAAUUUGAAUUCAUAUUUGGUUCAGCGGUUCAGCAGUAUGCUAAGAAUUACAGCUAAUUUUUAUUAAUUGAUCAUACUGCAUAUAUAUUUGAGAUGCAAAAAGCAUAUGAUGGAAAGUUUGGGAUAAUUUCUGACUGCUUUCCUAUGAUUGGUAAUAAUUGGACCAUGAAGGUAACUGGAUUUAUUUCCUUAUGGGUGUUGGCUUCAUUGUUUUGCUGUCAACUAAUAACACCUGUGGAACAUGAGGAUAUAGUGAAACAUGCAAUAAAACUGCAUCGUGGAAGAGGAGUUGCUGCUACACAGAGGAAACAAUGGCUUGUAGAAAACUGCAGAAAGCUAUCUGGACUCCUGCGUCAAAAGAAUGUGGUUCUCAACAAACUAAAAAGUGCAAUAAGAGCAGUAGAAAAGGACUCGGCACUGUCACUUGCAGAAAGAACUUUUCAAGUCCACACAUUUGAAAUUUUUCAAAAGGAGCUGAAUGAAAGUGAAAACUCUGUAUUUCAAGCAAUCUAUGGACUCCAAAGAGCUUUACAAGGUGAUUAUAAAGAUGUUGUGAACAUGAAGGAAAGUAGUCGGCAGAGAUUGGAAGCUUUGAGGGAAGCAGCAAUAAAGGUUAGUUCUCUCUACAGUUGAAAAAUUACGGUAAUAUUCUAGAACUAAAGGAUGUCAAGGUAGCUACUGCCUAUAGACAGGUUUCAACAAAGUAUUAGGUUGGUUUCAACAAACUUGCCAGCUGUGCUUGGUGGAGGAGGGGGAAUCACACCCAUCACAUUAAUUUUGAGAUAAUGCUUUGCAUAGGGCAGGCUUCCUCAAACUCAACCCUCCAGAUGUUUUUGGCCUACAACUCCCGUGAUCCCUAGCUAGCAGGACCAGUGAUCAGGGAUGAUGGGAAUUGUAGUCUUGAAACAUCUGGAGGGCCAAGGUUGAGGAAGCCUGGCUUAGGGCAAUAUCUGGUGUUAGUUAUACUCUGAGUAGACCUAUUAAGUCUGUUUAUUUCAAUGGCUCAAUUCUGAGUAUGAUCAACAUUGGAUAUCGCCCUUAGAACCAAAGUUGCAAAAAAAGCCAAUGCGUGCAGAAUUUCCCAUAUUAUCAGUGGUCAUAUUUGGGCCAUAGAUGCUUUGCAAAUGGCACAUCUAUGUAUGAUGCCCAGAGACAGGACAGGGACUCAUGACUGAUUGGGUAGGCUGCUGCAUACUCCACAACCAAAAAUACCCAGUAACUGACCCAUAGCAAGUUAUGACAUUCAGUAGUAAGAACUACUCUUCUGCUUUCAAAUGCAAUAUUAUACUCUCUUAAGUGUCAAGUUCUUGUUCCGUCUGUCCAAAUAGGAGACAAAAUAUUUCUCAAACGUGUUCAGUUCUAUCAUUUGUUAUGCUCAUAAGCCUUUGAUAGGAGCAAACUUCAUUAGCUCUUGAAAAGGUAGCAAAAGCCCCUACGUUAAAUCAUCCAGAAUUAAAAAUCUGUUACUUCCACUGUUGCUGGGCAAGGAGAUGCCUUUCUUAAGUAAGGAAGGAAGAAGUGCAUUCAUGCCCAUAAAGGUUGCCAUGUCAGCAGAGGAUAUGCAAUCAGUGACUUCUCUUUUUUCAUUGUGCAGUGGUACCUCGCAAGACGAAAAACUCGCAAGACGAAAGAGUUUUUCGUUUUUUGAGUUGCUUCGCAAGACAAAUUUCCCUAUGGGCUUGCUUCGCAAGACGAAAAACGAAAACGUCUUGCAAGUUUGUUUCCUUUUUCUUAAAACUGUUAAUACCUAGGGUGACUUCGAGGAGCAACUCAUAGCACGCGGUGUGGUAGCCUUUUUUGAGGUUUUUGAAGACUUUGGUGAUUUUGAAGACUUUGGGAAACCGUGCUUCGCAAGACGAAAAAACUCGCAGAACGAAUUAAUUUCGUCUUGCGAGGCACCACUGUAACUCCUUUUCCAGCAGUGUGGUCAUGAGAAGGGGUGGCUGCAGAAUGACAAUAACCACAUAAUGAAAUGAGAAGAGAAAUAUUGGCUUGCAUUUUUAUACUUAGAGAGAUGUUACGUUGUACCCCAUAGUUCCCCAUAAAAUCACUGGUGAUGUUGAGUAAAUUGCUAUAUUUCACCCUUAAAACAUAUAUGUCAUCUUGUACUUCCUGGGUGAAAAGUGGGAUAUAAAUACAGUUAAUAAAUAAUGGCUACUGAAGGGAGUAAACACUCUGCAUAUGUUAACUGUCCUUAUUAUAAAAUGGCCUUUUUAAGGAUUUCACUCCAGCUUCAUUGAGGAUCUAGAGCUGAAAGGCAAUUCAAGGACCUCAGGAAGCUCUUUGUAUGAAGUAUUUGUUCUGCAGCUUUUAAAAAGUUUUGUAAGAACUUUGACAAAAUGAAAUGUUCAUCUUGUGAAUUUCAGCUUUGAAAAAAUAUCUUAGAAUUUUUUUAAUGAAUUCUAACAGGAAGAAACGGAAUACGUUGAACUUCUAGCAGCAGAGAAACACCAGGCUGAAGCCCUGAAAAACAUGCAGCAUCAAAAUAAAAGUUUAUCCAUUCUUGAUGAGAUUCUUGAAGAUGUAAGAAAAGCAGCUGAUAGGCUUGAAGAGGAAAUAGGAGAGCAUGCCUUUGAUGACAACAAGUCAGUAAGUUUAUCUAGAGAGGGAUUUUUAUAGCGAUUGAGUUCUGCUACUUACUAUCUUAUAUAACAAUUUAUCAAAGUUAUUCUUAUUAAGUAUUUUUAUGUUAUGUUCUCCAGUUAAGUGGCAUAUUGGCAGAAUAAAUAAGAAGACUUUCAUUUCUUCUUGUUGCAAUAUAAAUUCUAAUUUGAAAUCCAAUGCAAUGGGGAGGAUUCCAAGACAGCCACUGCAAGUUUUCUUCAGUGGUGAGAGGCGAGAAAUACAUAGUAGCUUGUAGGUUACCCACAUAACUGUAGAAUUAAAAGUAGCAAAACUAGAAACUUUUAGAAUAAAAAAUAGCAAUGUAACAGAUACACAAGAUUGAUAUCUCUGACCUAGAGGUUAUUAAGGCAACAUAAACAAUUUAUAAAAAUUGAAAUCCUGGUGUUGUAAGUAUAGACAGGAUUACUGCAACGCUUUAUAUGCAGGGCUGCCUCUGAAGACUGUUUGGAAGCUUCAGCUGGUGCAGAAUUCAGCAGCUAGGUUGCUCACUGGGGCAAAAGGGUUUUAGCAUAUUAAACCGAUCCUGGCUUCCGGGCCCAAUUCAAAGUGUUGGGUUUGACCUAUGAAGCCUUAAACAGCUCAGGACGGCAAUACUUCAAGGACCAUCUCUCUCCAUAAAAACCACAUUGGAGAGGUACCUAUGGAUGUUUCUUCAGCCACAAUCAGAAGGCUUCCAGGGCCAGAUCUCUGCCCACAGAGAGGGAGGUCCACACUGUUCUGUGACCUGAGGAUACCUUCUGAGACCAUAGGAUUGCUUGCUCAUUAUUAUUAUUUCCUUUUAAACUCUAAAAACAAAGAAAAAAUGGCAUAAUUAAUAGAUGACAAUAAUGAAAAACCUUUGCUUCCUUGAUAGGUAAGGGGAGUGAAUUUUGAAGCUGUUUUAAGAGUAGAAGAAGAUGAAGCAGAUACUAAAAGAAAUAUUUCAAAACGGGUAGUAGAAGAUGAUUUGGGUCUAAGCAUGCUUAUUGAUUCACAAAACAAUCAGUACAUACUUACUAAGCCCAGAGACUCUACCAUUCCACGUGCGGAUCAUCAUUUUAUAAAGGUAAUGUAUAAAAAUAGGGCUGAGCAUAUUAAUAAAACUUAAAUUAAAAGUGAGUAUUGUCUGUAUACUUACAUUUCAAAGACAGAAAUAUAAACAACAAUUAUGAACAUAUCAAAGUUAUUUGCCAAUACCAGUUUGUAAUUGUGUUAUAUCCGGGUGUCAGGAACUUUUUAUUGCUGUCAUAUCUUAAAAUACUACUGGGUUUUCCAAAACAAAAAAUGCUGCUAUUGAAACCUGGCAAAAAUGGCAGAAAAUAAUGAAUAUUAAUUUCCUCUAUUUCUGAGAAUUCAAAAUUGUGAAUUUAGGUGCUACAUUGGACUGCACUAGCUUAUAUGAUUAUCUCAAGAUCAUUCUUUUAUCUGAAAUACUGUGAAGCAUCUUCUUAGACUUUGCCUUGGAUGGUUGUUAUAGACAUUAUUCAACCACAAACUUGUGUUUGCCACCAGCAAUACCCUCAACAGGAUGAUAAUUGUCAUAUACAAUGUAGCUAUUUCAUGUAGAUAUCACUCUGCCUUAACUGAAAGAGACUUCUAGGUAGGCUCCAUUAUUAAACAUGUCAACCUUUUUACAGUCCCAUUAUAUAUAUAUGAGAUGUCCGAGAUCUGGUACUGAAAGUAGUAUAAAAUACUACUAUGAUCCCUCCAUCUGCUUUUAAUGCAGAAAAAAUUCUAGGUUGGAUCUAUGGCUCCAAGUCAAAGCUCUUUCCCAUCCCAUCACCCUAAUUUUUGCAGAAGCUGAGUUUAUUUUUGAGUUGCCCUUGACCAGGCAUAGGCAACCUCAGCCCUCCAGAUGUUUUGGGACUACAAUUCCCAUCAUCCCUGACCACUGGUCCUGUUAGCUAGGGAUCAUAGGAGUUGUAGCCCCAAAACAUCUGGAGGGCUGAGGUUGCCUAUGCCUCCCCUUGACACUAAAGGCAGCAGGGAGGUCCUUGCUCAUAUAGGAGCUCCUGCAUAUGCAAGAGCUUCCGAUCUGAUCUCUGUGUGCCAUAACUACAGCAGCUGUUCUUAUAGAUCUGUACUGGGUUAGUUUUUAGUGACAGCUGGUAUAAAAAAUGAAUUUAGAAUUUGUGAUCUGAUUCCAUUCACAGCUAUGGAAAAAAAUUAAACCCAAAUAAGAAUGUGAUAUGCCCCAUAAAUGCACCCUGGGCUGCUCAUCCAGCUCACAAAUGAAAUGGAAUUGUUGUGAAACCAGUACCAACAAAGGGCAAUAUUAGUUGUGGUUUUUUUCCUAGAGAGAAAGGUGUCGGAAUGCACAUCCCUCAGCAGAACCCACCUCAGUGAUCCUCUCCUUGCCAGCCAGAGGCUUGCUUAGGCUGCUCACCUGAGGCAAGGGGAGCUUUCCACACCGCAGCUGACCAGCUUAAUGGCCCCCCUACCCAUGCACCUCUCCGGCUCAGCUGAAGUGUGGAGAGGCUUCUGUGCCUCAGCUGACCAGCUUAAUGAGCAACCCCCCACCCAUAUGUCUCUCUGACUAGUGUGAGCCAGAGCAGCUUGGGGCUUGCUCAGCUGAGGCAUGGCUUUCCCACACAUCAGCUGUUAGCCAGGAGGCUGAAGAGCCUCAGCAAAGCCCUGCUGUGCCUCCAGCUCACAAGGAGACCCUCUCCAGAGCCCUCAUAUUCAGGCUGUGGGGAGGAUGUCCUCAUGAGCUGGGGGUGCAGUGAGGCUUUGCUGGUCAAGCCUCUCCCCCAACUUCUGGGGCCCAGCUGAGAGGUGACAGAACGCUGUUCCGUUAGGGGGGAAAGCCUUGAAUAUUAGUAUUAGGAGUUAGCCUGAACAAACGAAAAUCAACACUUAUAAGGACUAAUGACAAAAAUACAGUAUUUUGUUGUUGUAAAAAUGUUGGUAUAAGCAUUUUCCAACUGAUAUUAACACCAGCUUUAUCUCCAUUUCAUGUUUCAUAUGCAUAAUGAGUGAUAGUUUUUUAAUCUCUCCCAAGAGGUUUCACUCUCUUGGAGAAAGAGCAGAGGGAGAGCAUGUGAGCCCAAGGCUUGCUCCUCGUCCCACUCAACUCCAGGUAGUGUUUCAGGAAUGCAGUGUUCCAUGUAAAGGCCCAGUGACGAUCCAUGAAACCUCUUCCUUCCUGGAUCAGUAGUAUGUUCCCUUGCUUUGCAUGUUGACAUAUGUGUGUGGAACAUUUUUAUUUUAUUUUUGUUUUAUUUAUUAGGAUAUUGUCACCAUAGGAAUGCUAUCUUUGCCUUGUGGAUGGUUAUGUACAACAAUAGGAUUACCAACUAUGUUUGGAUACAUUAUUUGUGGAGUACUCUUAGGACCAUCAGGAUUAAACAGCAUUAAGGUAAGAUUUUGGAGAGGUACAAUGCUACAUAAGCUGAUAUUAAUUUAUGCACCAGGGCUACUCCCCCCCCCCCCCCAGUCCUGUACAGCCCCAAAAUCUGCUCUGGAGAAGUAAGGGAAUUAAGGGGUUUAUGUAUGCUUUCCUUAUUGUGGAAGUAAGAUGUAAGCAGAUACUGUAUGUAUAGCAUGACUGAACUUCCAGUUACUACUUUUGCAGAAGCUGACUAUAUUUUGAGACAAUUAAAAAGACUUACCUGUGGCAACUGAACAAACUUGUGUUUUUCAGUCAAUUGUGCAAGUAGAGACAUUGGGAGAAUUUGGUGUGUUCUACACACUGUUCCUCGUUGGCUUGGAGUUUUCCCCGGAAAGAUUAAGAAAGGUAUUGCUCCAUACAAUGUAUGUGCAUCAGCAUUGCAAAUAAUCCAAGAGAAAAACAGCAUUUUGGAUUGUUCAAAUUUGCAUGAUUUCUUAAAAAAUGUUGCUUGACUAGACAUUUUGUUUUAAGAAUUUUUUGUUUGUUCUCUUAACACCUCUUUUUAAAAGACUUCUACAGUUUCCGGAGGGUUAUUUUUUUGAAAAUAAACACGUGUUCUCCUAGAAUACAUAGACACAGAGGCCUAGUUCUCACUGAGGUGGCAGAUUUGUGUCUGGGUUAUACCACAUCAGAUGGCACAUGUGGGCUCAGAUGCUCUUCUGUCCAAAUUAAAAUCCUUGCACGUGGAAAGCUAGCAUGCUGAGGAGAACACUGUGAUAGAGCCAUAGUCUGAAGUGGGUGGGACUCGUAUUUAGGGCAUGAUUGGCCCUCAGGUGCAAAGGCUGCAGCCACCUAGGGACAAAAAACAGAGCUAGAGACUGAGAAAAGAGAGACUAUUGCGACUGCAUCAUAAGUAGGCAAGUCAGAAGAGCGGUAAGGUGGAUGCUACAGAAACAGCUCUGAAUGGGAAAGUACCUCCAGGGCAGUGCAAGAGUCUUGAAAGUCUGAAAGUGGGAUAGGCAGAGUGGGUGGUGUUAACCUGGCAAUUUAAUCUUGCUCUUCUGCCUGGGUUCUCACCGAGGUGGCAAACCUGUUUGUACCAUUUUUCUUUCUUCUCAAUUACUCCUUUUUACAUUCUCUUUCCACUGACCUUCCAGCUUGCGCUCAGCUUUUAAUUCUUUCCAAGCUUCUUUGCUAGAGCAUAGCUGUGUUCAUCACAGCCCCUUUAACACUUCGUUGGGUUGUCAUUCCACAUCUUACUUUGCCUCUGGACUCCACUUUGGGAGCUGUGAGCUGAAAGAGUCCAUCAAGCUACUAUAAAUAAAUUUUAUAUGGGAAUGCUUGCAUGCUAAAGAGUUAUUGCCUUACUGACAGCUUAUUUACUGUUUGAACACAAGUUAACAAUUUACUCAGUAGUGUAGGAUUGUUUGUUUUCUGCUUGUAAUAAUAUAUAUCCUAGCACUUUUUUCAGUUAAACAUCGAGGACAAGGGUUGCAUUAAGCAGGUGUGAGUAUAAUCUAUAGCAUAAUAUAAUCUAUUUGCCGGGGAGGGGGAACUCUUAUUUUUUUGGAAUUCAUAUUGUUAAAUAGAUCCAGAAACAAAGUUUUGGUUGUCUAAAGAACUCUCAGGAUCUAUAUAUUCUGAAGGUGUAUUGCAUAAAAAUUUAGCAUAAAAUUUAAAGGAUAAAUACAGUUGCAAUGUUGAAAUAGUAUUAUGCUAAUCUAAGUGACCAUUAUUCUCAAAGGUGUGGAAGAUAUCAUUGCAAGGACCCUGUUACAUGACAUUCCUGAUGAUCGCAUUUGGCUUACUGUGGGGACACUUGCUACAAAUUAGAGCAACACAGAGCGUUUUCAUUGCUACUUGUUUAUCAUUAUCAAGCACACCAUUGGUAUCCAGAUUCCUUGCAGGGAGUUCUCGGGGAGAUAAAGAAGGUAGGUGGAUCCUUAACCUACUGAAUUCUUCCAUUUAAUUUUAGCCCAGACACAUGGGCAAAAAGAACUAACCUUAAAAGGUACUGAUGAACUUUUAAUUGUCGUAGAAGGGUGCUCUUAACUAUCAGUUAACUUCCAGUUAAAUAGUGAGAGUUUCGCAUAUUGAUGGUCCUGACCUGAGUUCUUUACCCAUUAAGUUAUAGGAUCCAUUUAUUUUUGCCGAAUUUUCGGAUUGCCCUUCACUUUUCAUCAUAUUCUCCAACCUGGUACCCUCCAAAUGUUUUCAACUACAACUUCCAUCAACCUUGGUAAGAAUGACCAAUGGUCAGGAAUUGUGGGAGUUGUAGUCCAAAGCGUUUGGAAGGCUAGGUUUGAGAUCCAGUGCCUUCCAUGCAGUUAAUAAUUUCUGAAGAUUCUAUCCCUAGUUUCUCAGCCGAUAUCUGAGUUAACAAAACUUAUCCUGCAGCAUGUCUAAUCACAGCACUCCAUAAUGCUUUCUGUGUGAGAUAAGUUGGUUUCUAUGAAAUGCAAGCCUCAAGAGACAUGUAUUGUAAUAGACUUCUAGAAAAGCAUAGAUGCAGGCUUAGAUAUAAUCUACUGAAAAUAUAAAAGCUUGAGAAUAAGACAUCUUAAUAGAAUCCUGUUAAUACGUCUACACGUGUAGCUUUAUAUUUUCAAUGAUAUUUUGUCAUCUGCCUGGUAUGAUGAAUGGGCUAAUUAUGGAACUGAAUCAUGAGUUGCGUACAGCUGUUGCAGAUGAGAGCUAGAGGAGUUUUUCUUCCUCUCCCAUAAUACUACAAACUGAAUUGUAGGAGAUUCAGGACACCCAAUAGGAAACAAUUAUUGACACAGCACAUAGUUAAACUAUGGAAUUCAUUGUCACAAGAGUGUGGAUGGUCACCAACUUAGAUGGCUUUUAGAGGAAAUUAGACAAAUUCAUGGGGGAUAAGACUAUAAAUGCCUACUAGUCAUGGAGAUACGCUACAGUGCCGGACUUAGGGUGGUGUGGGCAGUUCCCCUGCACAGGGCACUGAGCCAAGGGGGCACAAAUAAUAAUAAUAAACAAACAAACAAACAAACAAACAAACAAACAAACAAAUAAAUAACAAAUCAAUAUUUAUGCUGGUACCUACUCAAAGUUAGGCCCUGAUCAGGCAGGUGAUUGAAUUUCUGCAACUAUGAUGUAGUGCACUUGAGAGCAAAAUGGAAGGCAAAAGGGGGGAGGGCACCAAAUAAAUAUUUAGGGAGCCAAAUUUUGUCCUUGCUCAGGGCACCAUAUUACCAAAGUCCACCCCUGUAUGCUAACUCCAGGUUCAGAGAAAAGACAGCAUGCCUCUGAAUGUAAGCUGCUGGGGAACUACUGGAUUUGUAAAAUUUCCAGGAAUUUUGAAGCCGCAAAGAAACCCAUACCUUUUAGGGGUGGGGGUGAGGAAUAGACAUUUUCAGAAAAAAAUGCAAUACAUUUUAACAGUACUCUUUACAUAUUGAAAGUCAGUUUGAUACUUUAGGAACAUAAAAUACAUUAUGCAUAGCUUGGUUUACCACAGAAAUAUGACUGGUAUUUUAAAAGAAGAUUUUAUUCAGACAAUAAUUACUAAUUUGUUUUUUAAAGUCUUUGUUCCAAAUGGAGUUACAAGCUGCUCGACUGUAAGGAAGUUCAUCUCUAUGAUUUUGCAAGCUUAUGUGGAGCAGGCAAAAAUAAGAAGAAAAACCAUCAAAAUUAUUGUGGAACAAAUGACUAUUCUGAAAACUAUUACGUCUUCUCCAGUCCUCCACAGUGUUAAGCAGACAUAAAAAGAGCUGAGAAAAAGAGGGGAGGAGAAACAAAACUUACUGAACCCCACGUGAAAUUUAGUCUUUAUUCUAUCAAUAAGUUUCAGUUUCUUCAUAUUUCCCAUCAUAUUUAUCAUGGACUUCUAAAAACAGAAGGUUUGCCCAAGUUGAAACCAGCUUCUACCCUUCCACAAGUCAAUUUAUUUCUUGUUUUGGUGUGUUUCAAAACCAUAGAUCAGCUUCUUUCACGUGCUACAGAAAAGGGAGGAAUCUGAAGUAGGUAAGAGACAAAUGUCAGAGGCUGUACAGUGGAUGCUGGGGUUGCGAACGUGAUCCGUGCGGGAUGCACGUUCGCAACCCGCAUCUGCGUACGCGCGGGUUGCAAUUUGGUGCUUCUGAGCAUGCGCAAAACUCGAUUUAGCGCUUCUGUGCAUGCACGACUGCCGAAACCCAGAAGUAACCCGUUCCGGUACUUCCGGGUUUCAGCAGUCUGCAGCCCGUAAAAAAGCAACCUGAAGCAGCUGUAACCCAAGGUAUGACUGUAUUGUGCAUAGGUCUUGCCACUAUGUUGCAGGAAGGUUAUGCUUGGCAGAAUCCCAGAUGCUCUGUCGAAUAUGUUGGCCCAAUAGGUUGUGUACUCUGCAGAAAGAAAGCUUUCCUCAUCAGACCCUAAUUUUAAUGGAGUCAAAUACAGAAGCAGUGCGGUCAUCACUUACAUUUCUGCCCUUGAAUCUUGGAUCCAGCAGAUAUGCAGCAGCAUAAAUUGCAUGGCAACAGAAUUAUGUUGGAACUUGGCUUGUAUUUGUAUUGUACUGGCUUGUAUUUUGGGGCUCAAAAGGACCUUCCCAUUGAUUUGCCAUUCAAUAAUAGAUAUUCUGAAAGUCAUGCCUUCUUGCACACAUUUUCUUAGACACUCAUUUUAUUUUUCUUUCUGUAAUACUUUCACAUGUAUGACUUCGGUCCAAAUAUAUAACAAGUUCAUGAUAAGUGGCAAAUCAUUAUCAAGGAAACGGACGCUAUUAAUACUGUAUUGCAGUUCUUGAACAUAUUGAACAUCUGCCUCUUUUUUUUUAAAUCUCCCAGGAGAUAUUGAUUACAGCAGUGUUCUGCUUGCAAUGUUGGUUAUGCAGGAUGUACAGCUUGGCUUGUUUAUAGCUGUUAUGCCAACUCUUAUUCAAGCGGGUGUCGGCACACAUUCCAGGUAACAAAGUUCAUUUGUUUGCUUUUAUUCAUUACAUUUUUAGCCUGCCUUUUCUCUAAGAAUUUCAGGAUUGCGUACAUGGUAUGUUUAUUUUCCUUCAUGCUGCGUGUCUCUUAAAGUGUGAAUGCAAUGAAGUGUUUUAUCAUACAUCUAAUAACUAAUUUACUGUUGACAUGCAUGGUACAUAAUUACUGGCUUUCCAUGCUGCAGUUCAGAGGUGCAAAUGAAUUGGAACCGUAAAUACAUUGGAGUUUCUAUGUCAACUUUCUUUUCAUUAGUCCGGCUCUUCUACCUUCAAACUGCUCUUUGAAUUUCACUGAGUUUGAUAUGUAAGUUCCUGAAGAGGGCACUGGCCAAGAAAUUGGUACAAGAAAUUGUACAUGCAUAGGGCUUAAAUGUUAAAUACAUCCUAAUACUCUUUAUAUUGUGACUCAGAUGUCAAUUUAAUUAGGUUAUAAAUAUUUUUAGUAGCUCAUUUAGUAGUUCGUUUUUAGUAGCAGUUUUGAAUGGUUCAGUAUACCAGCUGGAUCAAAAUGGUGUCUGGUGGUAUCCAAAUAUAAACCAAAUUCAACAUGGGAACUGUCAUGCUGAAUUGGGCAACAGUAACUUCAGUGACAUCCAAACUGGUGCAAUUUAAACAGUUCAGCCUGACAUCUGGAUUCUAAAUGGCACGUGAUAGUAUCCAAAUGCAGGCCAAAACACACUCCUCAUUCGCUGGAACCAUCAUGCCAAAGUGGGCAGUGAUAUUUUCUGAUCCUUUGGCACUGGUGCAGUGUGGAACAUUUUGGUUCAUCAUCUUGAUUCAAAAUGGUGGCCAGUGCUAAACAUAGACAAAAAACUGGCUCCUCCUCCUCAGGAACUUCCACAUGAUAGCUCAAGUGGCAUUCAAAUGCUUAGAGGGCAGGGCAAAACAGACACACCACUUUCAAAAAUAUUUAUUAGAUAAGGCUCAACUUUUAUUCUAGCUUAAAUAUUCCCCAAGUCUGCUUUUUUUUUUUUUAAGACCAGGUGUGGCUAACCUGUGGUUCUCCAGAUGCUGUUGGACUCCAACUUCCAUCAGACCCCUUCAGUGUGGCCAGUGAUUAGGAAUGAUGGGAGUUGUAGUCUAACAUUUGCAGGAAUUGUGGGUUAGGAAACUGUAAAUGACAGAUACAGAUUUAUGCACACAUUUUCCUGUUUAAUAAGAAAAAUCAUUUUAAGAGGGCUUUUAGAAUGACACUGAAUGUGACUUUUUCUUCUUUUUCCCUAGCACCAUCAAGGAAAUACUGAGAAUAUUGAUGCUGAUUGGACAAAUUCUCUUUUCUUUGGCUGCUGCCUUGCUUAUAUGUCUUGUUUUAAAGACUUAUCUAAUAGGACCAUACUACCGCAAGUUGCAUACGGAAAGCAAAGGAAAUAAGGAAAUUCUAGUUCUGGGAAUAUCUGCUUUUAUGUUCCUUAUGUUAAUGGUAAUUUUUCCAAAUAUUUCUUUAUUUUUAACUUGCACAUGAUAUGGUGAUAUAUUAAUUUUGAAAAUAAUUCCAGGAGAAAAUGUAGAUUUCAUUCAUGGAAGCUGGCUUCAUAGGUGAAUAUGUAAAUUACAUAAAACAUUAUGUCAACAAAUUUAAUAACCAAUUUAAUAACCAGUUUUAAAUGAACAUUUGAGCAGUCAGAAAGCUGGCUGCUCAUAAAAAUGCUUGUGCAUAGCUUAAAAUGCUUAUGCGUACAUAGUCCUAGCUUAACGUUUCUUCAUUGUAUAGCUAAAGUUCCACCCAUACAGCUGCCAUUAUUGCAGAAAUCAUCGCCUGCCAUGUCUGAGUCAAAGUUUGUUAUCUGGGUUGUCUCUGGGAAGUUAUGUCAACUUGAUGAAAAGGAGAUACGUUAAAUCUCCUGGUGCCCCCCCCCCCAAGUGUUGGCUGGUACCCAUUUGGGCCAGUAGGACAGAUGACAGGGGGGUCAACAGCAGGUGGCGCUAGAGCCAAUGACAGCCAGAGCCAACUUCUUUUCUGUUGGGUUCUACAGCUAAGACUAAGGAGGAGGAAGCUGAUAAGCAGUGCUACAUCUCCUUCCUGGAUUGGCUAUAAGAAGCCAGGCAGGUGGGGUUGGAAGGUAACUGCAGGGUAGAAGAGAAGAGCCAAAUGUUAACUGAUUCCAUGUAGACUAGUCCUUCCAUGCAACCAGGUAGAUUGAAGAAAUGAGUGAUGAAGAGGCAUAGAAAGAUACAGAAUAUAAGCAAAUACUUUGAUGCUUUGACUGGAUCUUAUGUUCAUUUUUACUCUUCAGUUAUAUGACAUGCAUUAGAUCAGAAGGUGUAUCUAAUCAUUUUGCAUUGCCUUUGGCCUCCCUUUCUUAGAAAAUCAUUGCUCUCUCUGUAUUCAUAACAUAUUGUCCAUUUAGACAGUUACAUCAUGCAUCUGAGAAAGUGCACUGUUGCUCAGGAAAGCGCAUGCCACAAUAAACUAGCCUUUUAGGUGCAGGAAGACUCUUUGUCCUUGCUGCUACAGAUUUACACAGCAACCUCUCUGUAAUAUAAAACAAGCUUCUAAAAGCAAAUAUCUUGGUGUUGAGGCAUUAUUUCUGAGUGCACUAGUGUCAGAUAUGGCAUAAAAAGUAAGUUUGAAAAAUUCAUAUACAUUUCUUAAAAUCAAGUGUGCAUGGCCACUUGUAGUUAGAUCAUUGCAUUACCAUCCUAAAUACAUUAAUAUGGUAAGUUUCCUUUGUUUGUAUUUAAUGAGAGGCGCUAGUGUGACUAGUUUGGAUUUCAAGUGGAUUUUACUACAGUGAAAUUGUGUUUAGGAACUGGGCUAACAGGUAAUCAAAGAUGGUAGAGACCAUUUUAUAACUCACAAAAAGAUUACAAUUUUAGAAGUCUUAAAAUUGCUUAUUUCUUUAAUUUAAUUAUUUAAAUUAUAGUGCUUUCAUUAAAUAAGGAUAGUGUUAUAAAACAUUUGCAUGUAAUAUUUAAUUUUUAAGCAAGGUGGUUAAUGAAAAGUUAAUUAAUAGACACAAAAUAGUAAUAAAAAUCUUUUCCACCCCCUAACAGAUCACAGAGCUAUUGGAUGUUUCAAUGGAAUUGGGAUGUUUUCUAGCAGGAGCACUUAUAUCUUCUCAGGGUCAUAUGGUUACUGAAGAAAUUAUGUCCUGUAUUGAACCAAUACGUGACUUUCUUGCCAUCAUAUUCUUUGCAUCUAUAGGUAACUUAUUACAAAAAUAUAUAAACGAUUAUUAUUUUUACCAGCAUAACAGCCAAAGGGAAAGGAAUGUGCAUUUGUAAUAACUAGGAUAAAUUUUAAUUGCAUUGUGCUUGUGAAGCCUAUUGGCAUCAACUGAUGAUGGUAUGAAGGCACAGAAUGUUUGAGUAUUCUAACUAUUCAGGUAGACAAAACUAUUGGACUAGACUCUGAAGAACUAUGGAUCUUCCAAAGUUAUUAGGCUUAUUCUUGAUCUGUAACCACCAUGAUACAUGACAAACUACCUAUGAAAUUAAAGUGACUUUCAAGCAGUUUGUGAUAUAGCAUGCGGAAAUGUAUAAAAAGAAAAGGAAUUGAAGAGCUGGAUUGAGAAAAGUUCCUUAUGUGAACCAAAGUAGCUCUUUAUGUCCCAGAGUGUUUGCAGUUCACAUUCUCUAAGGGAAAGGGGAGUUGUCAGUUUGUAACUGAAGUGAAAUAUCACACAGCUCAGGGACUGGAAAUAAGUCCCAAUAGUUACAGGAGCGAAGGUGACAUGGUAUCUAGAAGCAAGGUGGAUCAAGAAAUUGGAACCUAUGUAACAUCCCUCAAAUCAGCUUCUAUACCUGAGGGCUGGAAAGUGGCCAAUGUACCACCAAUUUUUAAAAAGGGAUCCAGGGGAAUCUUGGAAAUUUGGGCUGGUUAGCUUUAUGCAUGUCCCAGGAAAACAUGUGGAAAGUAUUCUUAAAUACAAAAUGGUCAAAUAUAUAAAAGAACAAGUUGUUGCUAAAGCAAAACCAGCACGGCUUAUGCAAGGGUGCACCCCAUCCCAUUAACCUAUUACUUUGAGUGUCAAAAAGUAUGUAGACAUAUAUGAUCCUGUUGCUAUAGUGCAUCUGAAUUUUUAAAAUGCUUUUGAACAAGGUACUGUACCUCAUGAAAGACUCCUGAGUAAGCUUAGCAAUCAUUGACUAAAAGGCAAGGUCCUCUUGUGGCUCAGGAACUGGUUAAAUAACAGGAAGCAGAGAGUACGAAUAUAUGGAUAGUUGUCCUGAUCGAGGAAUGUGGGAAGUGGAAUCCUCCCAAGGAUCUGUAUUGGGCCAUGUUCACAAGCAAUGUAGAGUUAGAGGUGAGCAGUGAGGAGGCCAAGUUUGCUGAUGAUUCAACACUGUUUGGGGUCGGUUCAAAGGGAUUGUGAAAUGCUUCAAAGGGAUCUCUUUAAUGAGCGAAUGGGUGGUAAAAUGGCAAAUGCAGUUCAAUAUAAACAAGUGUGAAGUGAUGCACGUAGGGGCAAAAAUAUCUUAAUUUCACAUAUGCGCUCAUGAGAUCUGUGCUGGCAGUAACUGACCAAAAGUGAGAUCUUGGAUCACAGUUGAUAGUUCAGUGAAGAUAGUCACCUAGUAGCAUCACUGACAGGAUUUUUUUUUUUUACCUAAUUCAGGAACAACCAGCUAGUAAGCAUCACUACUAUGCUUUAGAGACAGCAUCUACAGCAGACUCUGUAGGCUGAAAUACUGCAUCUGGUGGAUGGUACUUCCACCUGAAUUAUGCAACCUCUCUAAUAUCGUGGGUAAAAUGAAAACAUCUACAGUGGUGCCUCGCAAGACAAAAUUAAUCCGUUCUGCGAGUCUCUUCGUCUUGCGGUUUUUUCGUCUUGCGAAGCACGGCUAUUAGCGGCUUAGCGGCUAUUAGCGGCUAUUAAUGGCUUAGUGGCUUUAAGAAAAAGGAAACAAACUCGCAAGAACUCGCAAGACGUUUCGUCUUGCGAAGCAAGCCCAUAGGGAAAUUCAUCUUGCGGAACGACUCAAAAAACGCAAAACCCUUUCGUCUAGCGAGUUUUUCGUCUUGCGAGGCAUUCGUCUUGCGGGGCACCACUGUAAAAUAUUAUUCUUUAAUAUGGCAUGCUUAACUCAGCAACAAGCUUUAAGAAAGAUUCCUGUCAAUAUUUCAUCACUGUGCUCUUUUAUAAAUAUUGCAAUGUUUAGAAAAAAGUCACAAUAGCUGUAAGAUGCUUCUUUUUCUCUUGCAGGCCUUCAUGUUUUCCCUACAUUUGUAAUAUAUGAACUCACAGUCUUGCUGUUCCUUACACUUUCAGUGGUAAUAAUGAAGGUAUAUAUAUAUAUUCAGUACUUUAGAAUAAAAUUGAAUAAGGUUGAUAUUUUGUAUUACGUUACUAUGGUGACUGCAACCCCACUCCCUGCAACUGGUAUUCUGUGGCUUAAGAAUGCUAGAUGAAGGACACAACUGAUGAUUUUUUCCCCACAAGAACCUAACCACGGGUUUCAAUUUUACAAUGCAAUCCUAUCCAUGUCUACUCAAAAGUCCUACUGAAUUCAGUGGGGCUUACUCCCAGUUUUGUGAGAUUAGGACUGCAGCCUUGGUUCUGGUUCAGGCUGCUGAAUGCAGAUUGUGAGAAUGCAGUAGUAAUUUAUUAAUCAUUACUACAGUGGUACCUCAUGUUACGUGCUUAAUCCAUUCCAGAGGUCCGUUCGUAACUGGAAACCGCUCUUAACACAAGGCUCUCUUUCGCUAAUGGCACCUCCCGCUGCUGCCGCGCUGCCAGAGCACGACUUCCGCUUGCAUUCUGGGGCAAAGUUUGCAACAAGGGGCAUCUACUUCCGGGUUAGCGGAGUGCGUAACUUGAAGCAUUUUGUAAGGGGGGGCAGUACGUAACACGAGGUACCACUGUAUCUGUAUUAGUCAAAGAAACAACAACAGUAAGAUACCAAUGUGAGAUAUGUAGGCUGAAAUUCUAUAUUCAACAAUACAAUAUUUAAAAAGUUAUCAGAUUCAGUUAUCAGAACAAUUGCCCAACUACAGAAGAUUAGUCAGAUAAAAUGUCAGCAAUGACAGCAGGAAAACUAGCAACUAAAUGUCUGGUAACAGAGAAAUACAUUCACGUAGUACUGAAAAGAUAUCUGCAUUGGUGCCAGGCAAGCCUCCCUAAUAUAUUAUGUUUAAUAUAUUGUUUUGAUCUCUAAUGUUAGUAUAAAGCACUAGAUUGGCUUAAAAUAUACAAAGAAAAGCAAUAUUUAAUCCCAUCAGAAGUGUACAAACUGCUGAAAGAAUUGCAACUCACAAGCCAGUAAGCUUUUUCUCUUAUUUCAUAUACAUUUGUAGAGGUUUUUUUUUACCAGACUGAAACUUUUCCAGAACUAUAAAAUUUAAGCAGGCAUUCUAUGUUAAAGCCCAGGUUUAUUGAAAUCAAUGAGAAAGAAUUGUGUCCAGUUCUUUCAGGAGUUGCUCCACUUAAGCAAUAACUUUCUUAUGAAGUCUUCACUACUGUAGCCACCAGCAUUGCAAAAAGCCUCUCCUCAGAGCUGGAAUGUAGUGCAGGAGUUGCAGUGGAAUGGGAAAAUUUGUUUGGAAUCUCCCCAGUUUUCACUAACUCCCCUGCACCACAUUCCUGGACUCACCUGUGAGAUGCCUUGCCCCUCAGCAGAGGCUCUGGAAGGCACAGUGUGUCUGCAGUGGAAAAAAGGACAGCCUUAUUGUGUGAGCAGCUUUCUCAUUGUUACAAAGCUGAGAUACAACCCUAAACACUUUAAAUUUAAUCUAGUAUGCUGUGUAAAGAUCACCUAGAUUACAAUCUGACCUGUUCUGUUCUGCUAAUCAGUAUAAACUAGUUAACUGUGGUUAAUUAAAUAACUUCUUAACCUUAUUUUAUUUUAAGCAGCAUAAACUUUCCUGUUUUUCCCACUGCAUUGUUGAAAACAUUCUCUCUCAGUUUUUCCUGGCAGUGCUUGUCCUUUCUAUGAUUCUUCCAAAGAGCAGUCAGUACAUCAAAUGGAUUGUAUCUGCAGGCUUGGCUCAAGUCAGUGAAUUUUCCUUUGUCUUGGGAAGCAGAGCACGCAGAGCGGGUAUAAUUUCUCGAGAGGUAAGCUAUGACAUCAUAAAGCCAUAUCACGGAGAGCCAGGCUGGUGGUGUGGUUAAAGCGCCAGACUUAGGGGUGAGGAGAGACCACAGUUCAAAUCCCCACACAGCCAUAAAGCCAUUUCACACUUUGAAGCAUGUAAUAAAACCAUAUGGUAAAAUGGUCAAUUUAAGGGAUGUUGAGACUGGGUGCUAUAUACACCGUUGUCAGUAGCUUCUUUAAGCUUUUUUCCCUUUUUAAACAGAAACAUCUUUGGAGUCUUAAUGCUUCAUUAGUAGAAGAAAGGGAGGGGGAAGAGCUGGUUAACGUUUUACCUCCAUUCUAUUUCCUUUUCAAACCCACCCAGCUGUUUUCCCCCUUGCAAAAUAGUGAUAGGCCUGCAUUCCCCACCCAUGGGUAGAAACAAAAACUUCAGAAGGAAGAAGAGAUUCUAGCUCCUGCAUUUGCUUUACCUUGCAACCUCCCAAGGCUGUUUGGGGGUUCAUUCUUCUUUAAUGGGAAAUUUGCGCAAAAGUUGCGUUAGGCCAUGUCAAAUACAUGUAUUCCAAAAGCUGGACUCCACCAGCCUCAACUUCUAGUAGCAUUUUAGCUGUAGAUCGACAAAUAUUAAAGGGCAUGUUGGAUGGGUAAUAAAGGAAUAAGAAGGUGUGGCUUGCCAUAAAAUGUUGCUUGUUGCAUAUUGAGCUUGGUUGUGCUAUCUUCCAAGUCCUGGUAAUAGAACAAUAAUGGCAAUCCUUUUCUUUUUAAGCAUUGUGUGGUGAUCUACUUGUGGGAUUGAUUGAGUAUCUGCUGCAUAAGUAGGGUGGUAGGUUACGUUGUCUCUAGUUGCCAUUGUCUUAGUUACCUUCAUGCUGUAGCAUCAGAAGCAGCCUAAUGUUUCUGUGAGUGGGUUUUUCUGCUAAGAUUGUUUUUCUUCACAGAAAUAACACAUUUUGCUUCCCAAUUUUUAGGUCUACCUCCUUAUAUUGAGUGUGACUACUCUAAGCCAAUUGCUCGCACCAGCACUCUGGAGAGCUGCGAUUAUGAAAUGCUUACCAAGACCUGAAAGACGAUUAAUUUCCUAAAGUUACUUAGUACAAAUCUUUCAUGAAGAAAGCAUCUUUAUAAUCAACAAAUGCAGAAUUUCCCACACUACAUAGCCUGAAUUUGGGAGGAAGAGCCUGUGUGUCCGCCCCCACAAAAAAGCUUUAUUUCUUUUACAAAAAGUCUGCAAUUCCAAUAACUGACUGGUGUGCCUUUUUGUGAGAAUCAGGCAGAAUCCUGCACUGCAUAAGAAAGACACUGAUCACACAAUGGGAUUUCACCAACCUUUCUUUCCCCCAUGCUCCACCACAAUCACUCCUGGAGCAGAUUUUGAGGUACACAGGGGCUUGUGGGAGAGGAAAGUGAAGUCCCAUAGUGUGAGCAGAAGUCUAUUCCAUUUGCACAUGUGUAGUGCUGGAUACAACCUGUUAUUUACAGUCAGUGUAGUAAGUUUAAUUAACAUUUAUAGUGCCUGUGGCACUGUUAAAGAACUAUGUAAUAAGUUAGUAUCCAAAUCUAACAGCCACAGUAUAUAUAUAUUUUCAGUGCUAUACAAACUUUACUUUUUUCCCCAUUCAAAUAUAAGCUUGAAAACUACUACAGGUAUCAAAGGACUGAAAGUUAAUAUGCCUAAAUUUACACUUAAUUGAUGCAUUUUAAAUUAUGUAGUUAUUUGUAACAUUGAUCUGUCUCAUUUUUUUGACAAAAAUGUUUGUUGUGAUCAGAAAUGACUUUUUAGUAUGAAUAGCAAGAAUUUAUUGUGUUGAUCAUGUUAAUAGUUCAAAACCAAAACAUAGACAUUGAAACUAAAUUAAAACUAUUUUUGGAAGAUACGUUUAGGUUUGUGUUGCUUCACUGGAUAAAUCAUCGUUUAUAUAGCAAGAAGGAAAAACUCAGAAUCUAGUCACAUUGAAUAAAUACUGGAAAGUCCAUUUCUUUAAUUCUUAUAAAAAUAGACACAUACUAAAUGGUGAACUAUUCCACUUUAUUUGAUUCCAAGUCUAAUAUUGAAAAUGUGAUUAUUCAACAAUCUUAGUGGUAUUCUAUAUGAAGCUAUGGUGGCUCUGAGCAGCUUCCAAAAAUCCAUACUUUGUUGCUGCAUGUGCUGUGGCCAGUGGCGUAGCAAGGUCAGGUGGUACCCGGUGUGGAAAAUUUAUUGUCACGCCCCCACACACAUUGACAUUAUU